CGGUCGCCAGCUAUCUUUGAACAGGUACGUACCGACCAAAAGCACGGUUGGUACCUUAUCGAUUGUGGUGUUCCAACCGUCAUCUGCAGAUGCCACUUUCAGGCCGGCAGCAAGUCCAUCGUACUAGGGCCAUCUCUUACCAUACAUACCUCGUUCGUCUUUUGGGCAUUCGAAUCAAGAUUUAGCGCCAGCAGAACGUUUACGUACCUUCACCUUCCGACUCCCAUCCGUUCGCGUCAUAAUCCGCCGGUUGGCUGUCUUUCGAGCUACCCUGUCCAGAAGCCAACAUCACGGACGUCUUGUUCCCACAUCUCGCAAUAUCCAUUUUUGUGUGGCAAUACCUCUUCUGCACACCGCGGACCUGCACUGCUUCUCCGUGUCACGAUUGCUGGGCGAUGAGCGCAACUGCCUCGCCUCCUGCUUUGUACCUUUGAACACCAGUCAGACCAACCCGCCGCACAGCAUGGAUCAGAUGAUGGGUGACGGGGGCCGGUUCCCCCUUGAGACGUGGUUUUGGGAAAUGCCCAUAUGUACUCGAUGGUGGACGACAGCCACAGUCCUCACCAGCGCACUCGUCCAGUGUCAAAUGGUCACCCCAUUCCAGCUAUUCUACAGCUUUCGUGCUGUCUUUGCCAAGUCACAAUACUGGCGUCUUCUGACCACCUUUUUGUACUUCGGCCCUUUUUCGCUUGACCUGUUGUUCCACGUAUAUUUUCUCCAACGCUAUGCCCGUCUUCUCGAAGAGUCCUCCGGCCGCUCUCCAGCCCACUUCUCGUGGUUGCUUGUCUACUCGAUGACAAGUCUACUGCUUCUCUCGCCGUUGGUAUCGAUGCCCUUUCUCGGCCACCCUCUGUCAUCUACUCUUGUCUACAUCUGGUCGCGACGCAACCCCGACACGAGACUGAGCUUUCUAGGCCUGCUAGUCUUCACCGCUCCUUACCUUCCUUGGGUUCUCAUGGCUUUCAGCCUUAUUCUGCAUGGCUCUAUUCCUAAAGAUGAGAUUAUGGGUGUUGUCAUCGGGCACGUCUGGUAUUUCUUCUCCGAUGUGUAUCCACCCUUGCACAAUGGCUCACGCCCAUUUGAUCCCCCAACUUGGUGGAGACGGCUUUUCGAGCGGCGACCGACGGAGGAAACGACAGACGGGAUUAACAACGAGAUCGUUGUCGCUGGUGGUCCAGAACUCGCUGCCGACGUCCGAUGA